AUGGAUGUAAAAAAAAUACAGUUGAUGAAGAAGAAAGACAACUACUUUAUGGUGAUUUUUCAAGCAAAUACGUUCGACAAAAGGAUAAAAAAAAUGGAUGAAGAAAAAAUCAGGAAAAUGUAUCGAACACCAAAAGAUGUCAAUUUUUGUGACGGAGAAGAUAAUUUGGAUACUACUUCGGGAGAAAAAAGAGCACAUGUUGAAUUUGAUUCUGCAAGCAUAAUUGCGUAUCCUACAAAUUGGAUUUUGAUUGAUGAAUACGACGUCAAUAUUAGAGAUGAAGUGAGACGUGCAUAUGUUCUUAAAGGUUCAUGUCAACCAAAGAGCCAUAUGUUUCCUCAGAAAAAAUUUGGGAAACAAAAUAGAAAUUUUCAAAGACUUGAUUUAGUGACUAUGUGUGGUUGGAGUAUAGUGUAUCAAAAGAUGCUGGAUUUUGCUUUUGGUCGAGAAAAUAUCAAGCGUGAAAAAACAAACGACAAAGCGUGGAGCACAUAUUCACUCAACACUCUUCAGACAUGGAGGCAAGGAUUAACCUUCCGUGGGCAUGAUGAGUCGAGUGAUUCAUUAAAUAGAGGCUACAAUCAUAUGACUAAUGGAAAAAUUCAAAAAGAAUUAGUGAAUUCUUGUGCUGGAGAAGUGAGGACUGGCAUUAUUAAGGACAUUGGAGAUCGUGUUUUCUCACUCAUGGUUGACGAAUCCCGUGAUAACUCAGUGAAAGAACAGAUGGCGAGUAUGUACGGAAUUUCAAUAUCUAGACUGCGAGAGCAAGCAUAUGAUGGGGCUUCAAACAUGCAAGGAGAAUUCAACGGUUUAAAGUCGCUCAUACUUAAUGAGAAUCCUUAUGCUAGGUAUGUUCAUUAUUUUGCUCGCCAGCUUCAAUUGGCGGUUGUUGCUGUUGCAAAAACAUUGCCAAUUGUGGAGAAUUCAUUUAGUUAUUUAUCCAUAAUUGUUAACAUUGUUGGAGCUUCUUGUAAAAAAAUGCACUCAGAGAAAGCCAACAUGAUCUUAUGGUCACAUAAUUAG